UCGGAAGUCAUGCUUGAAAACCAUAGGAACGUGGUCUCUCUGGGUAAUAAUGGGCAAGAGAAUCAAGAUUCUUGUGAACUGUUCCAAGUGAUCAAUGCUAAGGAUGGAAUGGAGAAGUUUGGAAUUCGAAUGGAAUUCAAAAACCAUGAUAGAAACCAGUCAAAGAAUUUCAACCAGGAAAGCUCAUCUUCCACUGAUGCUCCGAUGCAAGACUUUCUUGCCCAACAAGAGGAAAUAAGGAAAAAAUAUACUGGAAAAUGUGUGAAGCUAAUCAAAGCUAAAGUACAAGUAAAUGAACACUAUUUAACCCAAAACAAAGGAGAAGAUGCUAUAAGAAGACACAGUGGACAAAAUUACAAUGGGACAUUCAUUCUUUCUCUUGGGAAUAAGUUCCUUACAUCUCAAAAAGCGAUUGACACAGAAGAGAAGCCUUAUAAGUGUUUGGAAUGUGGAAAAUGUUUUAGAACAAGCAGGCAACUUAUUUCCCAUGAAAGGAUCCACACAGGGGAGAAACGAUUUAAAUACAUGGAGUGUGGAAAGACCUUUGCUCAAAGAGGUAAUCUUAUUUCUCAUAAGAUGAUCCACACAGGGGAGAAACCAUUUAAAUGCAUGGAGUGUGGAAAGACUUUUGCUUGGAGCAGUUGUGGAAAGACCUUUGCUCAUAGAAGUGCACUUACUGUCCAUAAUAGGACCCACACAGGGGAGAAACCAUAUAAAUGCAUGGAGUGUGGAAAGAGCUUUGCUCAAACAAGUAAACUUAUUUCCCAUGAAAGGAUCCACACAGGGGAGAAGCCAUAUAAAUGCAUGGAGUGUGGAAAGACCUUUGCUCAUAGAAGUGCACUUACUGUCCAUAAUAGGACCCACACAGGGGAGAAACGAUUUAAAUGCAUGGAGUGUGGAAAGACCUUUGCUCAAAGAGGUAAUCUUAUUUCUCAUAAGAUGAUCCACACAGGGGAGAAACUAUAUGAAUGCAUGGAGUGUGGAAAGACGUUUACUCAGGGCAGUGGCCUUAGAAGCCACAAAAGGAUCCACGCAGGAGAGAAACCAUUUAAAUGCAUGGAGUGUGGAAAGACUUUUGCUUGGAGCAGUGCCCUUAGAAGCCACAAAAAGAUCCACUCAGGAGAGAAACCAUUUAAAUGCAUGGAGUGUGGAAAGACCUUUGCUCAUAGAAGUCAUCUUAUUUCCCAUGAAAGGAUCCACACAGGGGAGAAGCCGUGUAAAUGCAUGGAGUGUGGAAAGACCUUUGCUCAAAGAGUUGAUCUUAUUUCCCAUGAAAGGAUCCACACAGGGGAGAAACCAUUUAAAUGCAUGGAGUGUGGAAAGACCUUUGCUUGGAGCAGUGGCCUUAGAAGCCACAAAAAGAUCCACUCAGGAGAGAAACCAUUUAAAUGUAUGGAGUGUGGAAAGACCUUUGCUCAAAGAAGUAAUCUUAUUUCCCAUGAAAGGAUCCACUCAGGAGAG